AUGGCGGUCUCGCAGAGUGUCGGGCGCGGACCGGCGUUCCCGGGGUCGAUUGAAGUUCCCGCCGACUUCAACUUGGCGACGCACUGGAGGCACUGCAGCAGGCCGGGCAGGCAGCGCUGCGACGGCACCCACCACAGGCUCGGAUGCCCUUUUGGGGUGCCCCGUGAUCGGCGCAUCGGCGCGGUGGCGCGCGAAGCUGCCCCGCCGGGGGAGGGAGUCGCGCCGUCGGCGGACCCCGUCGGCGUCGUCGUCCGCAACGCCCGUGGCGUCGAGGACUACCGACAGCUGGCGCGGCUCAGGGCCGAGGCGUAUUAUGAGGAAACCAGGUCGAGGUUCGUACAGUCUUUCAAGACCAAGUUUGCAAGGCAGGAAGCAGAAUCCUUGACCUCAAGGACCACCACAAAGCCAACUGGCUACCCAGGGACUGUUUGCCUUGUUGCAACUGAUGGCGAUGCUUCUGUUGUGGGGGGCCUGGACGUCAGGCUGCCAAGGACACUCUCUGGCGACCAUCCAGAGGGUGUCCCCACAGAAGAUGGUAGCGGCUGCUUUGUGGUCAACGUUGUGGUCGAUGAAAACCGUAGGGGCCAGGGGAUUGGAGGGGAGCUCAUGAGGGCAGCUGUGAGCAUGGCAACAGAUUGGGGAGCAACAAAUGCCUAUACCCACGUUGAUGCCACCAACACGGCUGCCCUGAAUCUCUACAGCAAGUACGGUUUCAAAGAAGUGUCUUGUGUGGAUGCUUUGGACUCCACAGCAACACUGGGGAAAACACUCCUCUUGAAGCGCCCGAUGCAGCAAGUUGCCUAG